UGAACAAAAAAGCAUUUCAGUGUAACUUUAUCUUCUCUUUAUAAUAAUUUUUUAUAUAGCAAAAGAGAUUCAACUUAAAAAAAAAAAAAAAGAAAAAUUGUUUAUGUUUGAAAGAAAAGAAAAAAGAAAAUCUUCGACGCGAUACUAACUGAAUUACUUUAUAAUAUAAUAAAAAAGAAAAAAAAAAGAAAAACAAUUUAUUUUCUCAACAGUUCGUAUACAUCAGUCUGCGCCUGUUUAUUUCAUCAAACAACUGUAUACACGCAAGUUAAUCGAAUUGUAUCAGUCAGCAUAAUAUGAGACUACGCAUGUGUAGCACUGUCAAGAAAUGUUGUAUAAACGUAACAAGUUCUUGAUAUUUUUACUUUGGAUCAUGAAAAUAAGAUUAGUGUUCAAUUUCACGUCAUCACUUUUAUGCGGCCGUAUUCCGGGCUUGACGCCCCAACAGAGACAAUUGUGCACUGAAUCACCGGAUGCUUUCAUAGCUUUAGGCGAGGGUCAUCAAUUGGGCGCCCAGGAAUGUCAAUAUCAAUUUCGUGGCCAUCGGUGGAAUUGUUCGCAAGUAUGGAAAAGCGAUGUCUUCGGUCAUGUUAUGUUUGUCGGAUCUCGCGAGGCAGCUUUCACUUAUGGUAUAGCAAGCGCUGGAGCAACUCAUGCGAUAACGGCGGCGUGUGCCAGAGGUAACAUUUCACUUUGCGGUUGUGAUGUACGCCACAAACCCACCACACGUCGUAGCUCUUAUGAGGACUUUGAAGAGGGUGUUUCAGGGGGAGAAGAACAACAGCCUUGGAAGUGGGGCGGCUGCUCUGCUGAUAUUGAGUUUGGUAUGAAAUUCGCACGAAAGUUUCUUGACGCUCGAGAAAUUGAAGGGGACGCUCGCAGUCUUAUGAACUUGCAUAACAAUCGUGUAGGUCGUAGGUUAAUCAAGAAUUUAUUAAAAACUGAUUGUAAAUGCCAUGGUGUUAGCGGGUCUUGUGUGAUGAAGACUUGUUGGAAAAGUUUACCUGCAUUUCGAGUUGUGGGCGAUGUGUUAAUGAAGAAAUACCUUAAAGCCAAAAUUGUUCAAGCCGUGAAGGGCAAAAAUGGACUGAAACUAAUUGUAAGCAAAAAAAAUCGAGCCGUUAAAGCUAAUAAUUAUCCCAAACGUAUGGAUUUAAUAUAUUUACAAGCGUCACCGAACUAUUGUGAACGUAAUCUGCUGGUGGGUGUACAGGGUACGCAAGGUCGUAUUUGUAAUCGUACCUUGCGCGGAUUGCAAAGCUGUGAUUUACUUUGUUGUGGGCGUGGCUAUAAUACACAUCAAAUACGUCGUACCAAUCAAUGUCGAUGUGAAUUUAAAUGGUGCUGCCAAGUACAAUGUGAUGUCUGUGAAGAGAAUUAUGAGGAAUUUUCUUGUAAAUAAUAUCGAAACCGAAUUAGUUUAGCAUUAAUUCAUUAAUAGCGUUUAGUGGUAAGAGUUUUAACUUAAGCUUAUAUAGAUUUGUAUAAAUGUAUUUGAUAUGCGUAUGUGUGUACUUAUUGUGAAGUUUAAGGAUAA